AAAAAUUGGAAACACCUAAAUAUUCAUCAUUAGAGAAAUGGAGAAAUACCUGACAGCAGUUAAAGUGAAUAAAGUAGGUUUACAUGUAUCAACAUGAUAAAAACUUGAAAACAUAAUAUUGAAUGAAAAAAGCAGGUAGUAUAAGGAUAUAUAUACUGAGAAAUCAUCUAAGUUUUAAAAGGACAGGACAUAUCGUUUAUGGAUACGUAUAUGAUAAAAGUAUAAAAUAUAGUAAGGAGAGAUACUCAUCAACUUCAGAAUAGCUAUUACCUCUGGACAAGGAAGGAAAUGGGCAAAAAUGUUAACAUUUAUUAAAUCUAGGCAGUGGGUACAUAGUUGUUUAAUAUAUGUGAUACUCUGUGCUUUGUCUAUUAUUUAUUUGAAAUAGUUUCAUUUUUUUAAAAAGUCAGCCGGAGGCCAGGGUAUGAAGGGUAUUGGAAGCCUUCCUCCUUUUUUCAAACACUCUUUGUCUUUUAAUUCUUUAUAGAUACAGCUUUUAUAGUCACUUUGCAUUUAUAUAUUGGUUUGUGCCCUGUCACCACCAGAUCAAGGAGGAGAGUUAAACACUUUAAGAUGAGAAAAAUUGAUCUGUGUUUGAGCUCUGAGGGGACUGAAGUGAUUUUAGCUACUUCAAGUGAUGAAAAACACCCACCUGAAAAUAUUAUUGAUGGGAAUCCAGAAACAUUUUGGACCACAACAGGAAUGUUUCCCCAAGAGUUCAUUAUUUGUUUUCACAAACAUGUAAGGAUUGAAAGGCUUGUAAUCCAAAGUUACUUUGUGAGGACCUUGAGGAUUGAAAAGAGCACAUCUAAAGAGCCAAUUGAUUUUGAGCCAUGGAUUGAAAGAGAUCUAGUCCACACAGAGGGGCAGCUUCAAAAUGAAGAAAUUAUGACCCGAGAUGGCCACGCCACUUAUUUGAGAUUCAUUAUUAUAUCAGCCUUUGAUCAUUUUGCAUCUGUGCAUAGUGUUUCUGCAGAGGGACUAGCAGUCUCAAAUCUUUCUUAGUAAUUAUAACAAAAUACUCUUGCAUGGUUUUUUAACAAUAUAUUUAUUGAAACAUGAAGUUGUCAUUGAUGUGCCUUAUUAAAGGGAUUUGUAUUAAUC